AUGAAGGCGCGCCGUUCUAUGCUUUCCACCCACAAACAUGUUUUAAAUCUAUCUAUCUAUCUAUCUAUCUAUCUAUCUAUCUAUCUAUCUAUCUAUCUAUCUAUCUAUCUAUCUAUCUGCCUGCCUGCCUGUCUAUGUAUGUCUGUUUAUUAUCUAUCUAUUACCAGUUUAUUCAUUACCUAUCUAUCUAUCUAUCUAUCUAUCUAUCAUAGUAUGUUCAUAUCUAUCUAUCUAUCUAUCUAUCUAUCUAUCUAUCUAUCUAUCAACAUAAUCUCUCACGUAUCUAUCUAUCUAUCUAUCUAUCUAUCUAUCUAUCUAUCUAUCUACCUAUCUAUCUAUCUAAAUCUUUAUAAAAUUGUAUCUAUCUAUCUAUCUAUCUAUCUAUCUAUCUGCAUCAAUUCGUAUCUAUCACCUACACCGUCUGGUAUCUAUAUAUCUAUCUAUCUAUCUAUCUAUCUAUCUAUCUAUCUAUCUAUCUAUUUAUACCUCACGUAUCUCUCUCUCUCUCUCUCUCUCUCUCUCUCUCUCUCUAUUCUAUCUAUCUAUCUAUCUAUCUAUCUAUCUACAUCGUCUCGUACCUAUCUAUCAUAUACACUGCCUUCUAUCUAUCUAUCUAUCUAUCUACAUAAUUCUCAGAUAAUAUGUAUAUUUAUUAAUAUCUAUCUAUCUAUCUAUCUAUCUAUCUAUCUAUCUAAGUCUAUUCAUUAUCUAUCUAUCUAUCUAUCUAUCUAUCUAUCUAAGUCUAUUCAUUAUCUAUCUAUCUAUCUAUCUAUCUAUCUGUCUCAAUUUCUUUCUCUCUGUCAAAGGUGA